AUGACUCGACACCAAUGUCAUUCAUCCUUUCUUUUAUUCAUUCUUUCUUUCUUUCUUUCGUUCUUACUCAUUUAUUCCUCUUCUUUUUUUUAUUCUUCUUUUUACUUUCUUUCAUUUUUUUUUUACUUUCUUUUUCCUGUUCUCAUCUCUUCAUUUAUUUUUAAUUUUUUUUCUUUCUUUCUUUCUUUCUUUCUUUCUUUCUUUCUUUCUUUCGUAUCAUCCCAUAUAUUCAUAUUUUCCUUUCUUAUCGUCUUUUCAUAUUUUUCCUCCCUUUCUUUCUUUCUUUCUUUCUUAAUUUCUUUCUUUCUAUCUUUCUUUCUUUCUUUCUUUCUUACUUUCUUUCUUUCUUUCUUUAGUAUCUUCCCAUAUAUUCAUAUUUUCCUUUCCUAUCGUCUAUUCAUAUUUUUCCUCCCUUUCUUUCUUUCUUUCUUUCUUUCUUUCUUUCUUCAAAAGUUAUUGCUGUUUUGUUUGUCAAAUAUUUUUAUCACAUGUCUGCAGCUGUCCUCGCCAAAGACUUGGCUUUUCUCGUCUCCUUUCUCGCCAUUCCACAUCAACAUUCACUUCAUCGCACAUUUUCUAAUAAUUCUUUUUCUCUUCUUCCUCUUUCAUAAUCUAUUUAUCUCUUUUAAUUCUUAUUCUGUCUCCCUCUCUUCCUCUCUUCUUCUUGAAAUGCAACUCUCUUACUCUUUGCUUUUUCCCCUUCCUUUCUUUAAAUCCUAUCUCUUCUCUCUUACGUGUCUUUCUUUCACUAUCUCUUCUCUCACUCUCUCUUCUCAUUUCCGUAUCUUUUCCUUUCUCCUCAUUCUUUUUUCUUCUUUUUUUUUUUUUAAUUCUUCUCACUUUCUCCCCAAUUUCCUUUUUCUCUCUUUUCUCUUCGACCCUCUUCUUCUUUCCUCGCUUUUUUUCGUUUGCUCUCUUAUUCAUUCGCUUUCCUUUUCUUCAUUUAUCUCUCUUUUCUUUUCUUCUUUUCACUUUUCUUUUUUUUCCUUUCUUCCCCACCCCACUUUCUCUCUGCUGAACUUUCUCUUUCUUUUUCUCGCCUUUUUUCUUCUCCUUUCUUUACCUUCCCCCUUUUCACACCAUUUCUGUCCCGUCUCUUUUUUCUUUCUUUUUUUUCUUCUUCGAUUUCCUUUUCUUUCCUCUUUUGCCUUCUCUUCAUAUCUAUGUUUUUUCCCUCUUUCUCUUAUCUUUUUUCUCUUCCCUUAUUUUUCUUAUCUAUCCCUCUUUCCUUUGCUCUUUUUCUUUUUGUACUUUCUCCAUAGUCUUCGCUUUCUGUUUUCCAAUUCUUUUAUUCUCCUUCCUUUUUUUUUUCUUUCGUUUUCUCUUUUGCUUUUUCCUCACUCUUUCUUAUGUUUCUUUUAUUUUUCUCAUUUUCUUGUCGACUUAUCUUCCCAGCUUUUCUUUCUCUUUUCUCUUUUCCUUUUCUUUUUUUUUAUUCUUUGCUUUUUUGCGGCUUUGCCUCUCUUUCUCUUUUACAUCUCUUCUCUCCAUUUUUUUCCUCAACUAUCUAUCUAUCUAUCUAUCUAUCUAUCACAUUCUGACCCUAUCUUUCUGUCUAUGGAAAAUACAUACAUCUAUAUAUUAGACACAUCACGAGGAAUCUAA